UCUGUUCCCUGAAACUCCUUCCCUUCCAAGAGAAGCAGAGACAGAGAGAUCCGAGGAGUUUGGGAAACCCUUUCCCUCUUAUCAUCGAAGGGACACACUUCGCUUAAGCUCUCAUCUCAUCAUCCUCGCUAUCAGUCAUGGCAGCUUUGCCACCGGAGGGAUCCCAGUUUGAUGCUCGCCAAUAUGAUGCUAAAAUGAAUGAAUUACUUCAGGCUGAUGGGCAAGAUUUCUUCACCUCAUAUGAUGAGGUUUGUGACACUUUUGAUGCUAUGGGAUUGCAAGAGAACCUUCUUAGAGGCAUUUACGCAUAUGGUUUUGAAAAGCCCUCUGCGAUUCAGCAAAGGGGGAUUGUUCCAUUCUGCAAGGGACUUGAUGUAAUUCAACAAGCUCAGUCUGGAACUGGGAAAACAGCAACCUUUUGUUCUGGGAUUCUGCAGCAGCUUGAUUAUGGGUUAGUUGAGUGCCAGGCUUUGGUCCUUGCGCCAACUCGAGAACUAGCACAACAAAUUGAGAAGGUUAUGCGAGCUCUAGGUGAUUAUCUUAGUGUCAAGGUUCAUGCCUGUGUAGGUGGAACCAGUGUACGUGAAGAUCAACGAAUUCUGUCUAGUGGGGUUCAUGUUGUUGUUGGUACACCUGGUCGUGUGUUUGACAUGUUGAGGAGACAAUCUCUGCGCCCUGAUAAUAUUAGGAUAUUUGUGUUGGAUGAAGCAGAUGAAAUGCUCUCACGAGGUUUCAAAGAUCAGAUCUAUGACAUCUUUCAGUUGUUGCCACCAAAGAUUCAGGUUGGAGUUUUCUCUGCCACUAUGCCACCUGAGGCCCUUGAGAUCACAAGGAAGUUUAUGAACAAACCUGUAAGGAUUCUGGUAAAACGUGAUGAGCUUACCCUUGAGGGUAUCAAGCAGUUCUAUGUCAAUGUCGAGAAGGAGGAAUGGAAGCUCGAGACACUCUGUGAUCUGUAUGAGACCUUAGCAAUCACCCAGAGUGUCAUUUUUGUAAACACCAGACGUAAGGUGGAUUGGCUCACUGACAAGAUGCGCAGCCGUGAUCACACUGUGUCAGCCACCCACGGAGACAUGGACCAAAACACAAGGGACAUAAUAAUGAGGGAAUUCCGAUCUGGGUCUUCCCGUGUGCUAAUCACCACUGAUCUCUUGGCUCGUGGUAUUGAUGUCCAGCAAGUCUCACUUGUCAUCAACUAUGACCUUCCAACACAACCAGAGAACUACCUUCAUCGUAUUGGUCGUAGUGGACGAUUUGGUAGGAAGGGUGUUGCCAUAAAUUUUGUCACCAGAGAUGAUGAAAGGAUGCUAUUUGAUAUCCAGAAGUUCUACAACGUAGUAAUUGAGGAACUACCAUCAAAUGUGGCUGAUCUUAUCUAACCCCUCCCGCUCAUCAUCAAGGUAAAUGGCCAUGAAUCUGGAAUUCACAUAUGUACCUCUGCAAUUCCGAUUUUAGAAGUAGAUAUCAAAAUUUUGUAUCAUGUUUGUCAUUCCCUCCCCCUGUGAAAAAUUAGAAGAAUUGUUGUAGCAGUGUUUGAAAUCAUUCCCUAGAGCUGAAACGUUGUUAUUGUGUUCUAUGAUAUUGUAUUUGCUUCCCUCUUGCAUUUUGAUCUAGUUUAUUAAUCUUCAUCUCUAUUGUUUCAGCUAAUUAACAUUUUAACAGGGA